AACUCUUCUUAGCCUCUCGGUUGCUUUACUACUUUCAUUUUCGAGAUCAGAUCAGCGAGGGAUCCAUCCAAGCUAUGGCCGAGAAGGUGACGACAAUGGUGCUGAAGGUGGACCUUCAGUGCUUUAAAUGCUACAAGAAGGUCAAGAAAGUUCUCUGCAAAUUCCCUCAAAUACGAGACCAGAUUUACGAUGAAAAGGCCAACACAGUGACCAUCGCUGUGAUAUGCUGUAGCCCGGAGAAGAUCAGGGACAAGAUAUGCUACAAAGGUGGCGGAUCCAUCAAGAGCAUUGAGAUCAAGCCGCCGGCGAAGCCCAAGGAACCAGAGAAGCCGAAAGAGGCUGAGAAGAAACCCGAGAAGCCUAAAGAGGCUGAGAAGAAACCCGAGCAGCCUAAAGAGGCCGAGAAGAAAUCUGAGAAGCCGAAAGAGGCCGAGAAGAAGCCAGAGAAGCCGAAAGAGGCCGAGAAGAAGCCAGAGAAGCCGAAAGAGGCCGAGAAGAAACCGGAGAAGCCUAAAGAGUCUGGGGAGAAGAAGGCUGAUAAACCAAAAGAGGCUGAGAAGCCUAAAGAGGGUGGGGAGAAACCCAAAGAGGCUGCUCCGGCGGCGCCACCGAAGGCAGUGGAAGCCGCGCCUUUACCGGCGGCGGCGUAUGCGCUCGGUUAUUCGUAUAUGGAUGGUUAUCAUCAUGGCUGGGGUGGUGGGGUGCCUAGCUAUUAUGGUGGACCACCCCAACAACCGUUUCAAAACUACGAGACUAUUGGUAGGCCGGUUUAUGACAGCUGGGGCAGCGGCGGCGGCUACUACAGGUACGGAUAUGGCGGCGGCCGCACCGGUGAAUGUUUUAGCGAUGAAAACGCGCAAGGGUGCUCGAUAAUGUAAG